AUGGCCGAAUCGCCAGCCGCCACGGUCACCACGCCCGAGCAGCUGAAGAAUCAGCUUGUCUCGUCCUAUGUCGAGACCUGGCGCGCCAACGGCGUUCGCGUGACGAUGCAAGAGAUGCUAUUUGAGGCUUGCCAAGUUGGUUCUACAUCAAACGGUGACGCCCGCCGGUCUGAAGUAUUCUACUUGGCUCUGAUCCCGGAUGAUGGCUAUCUCCGGGUAUGCUGUGAUGAUGCCGCGCCGGUCGACCCCAAGCUGCGAGCGCUUCAUGGCGACUCGAUGGCUAUGCUAGGAGACCCCGCGGUCGUUUCCGCUAUUACGCCGCUGCUGGAUGAGAAUAUCAGAAAGAUCGAUCUGAUCGCGUGGUUGGGCCCAAAGCCCUUGGAGGACAUGACGACCAAGGAAAAGGUUUAUUACUUGGCCAAGCAUGACCUGCAAUUCCCUUCCAAGCCCCGGGAGCCCGAAAUAGAGGUCUGCCUCCUUACUUACGACCACCAUAACAAGAUGACGUACAAAUGCCACCACACUGCGGAACCCAAAAGCCUGGAAGACCUUCACGCCUGGCUCGACUCCCUUGUCGAUCCCCUCCAUCCAGCCAGCUGGGGUCACAAUGUGCAUGGAGUCUCCAUGUCCCCUGCAGAUGGGGGGAUCAACCAGUUCAUGGACUUUCUGGGGCAAGACGAUGAAGGCCAAGACGAGCAAGACCGCAAGUGGCUGUACAAGAAGCUAUCCAAAUCCCUCAAGAAGCUUACGGACACGAGCGAGUGGCGGGCGUUGGAGACAGAGGAUGAGUUUCAGCAGCUCGUCAAGGACCAUGCCAAAAACCCCGAUGAGAUUCCAGCUUUUAUUCAGGUGUGCUCGCUCUCACCUUAG